UUACAUUGCGCGACCCCCGGUGAAGGAAAGCGUGCGAACGCAACAACCCGCCAUUUCAAACUCACCAUCCAAACCCCAGUUCCGCGACCGUCUUUAAGCCGUUCGCACCGAGGGCCUAGUUUGAAAAAUGGCGUCUCUACUAGGUCGUUCACGCGUCCUGCGGCACAGCACUGACACGCCGAGAGGGGGUGUCGGAAGGCCAAAAAACAGCGCACCUUUGCUAUUAUGCGACCCAGGGCCCUGCCUUGGGAGUUCCGCGCUUCCUUGGAAGCAUCAUUUGCGUCUGCAACCACUUCAGGCGCAGUCUGGGAGCCGCGGAGACAGCACACGGAAAGUUCGCCUCUCGCGCAGCCGGCAUGCCGCUGCUCUUGACGUGCUCCGGCGAGUGACGUACCAAGCAACGCUGCCUGUGCCAUCGGAGCCACCGGAAGCCGGCGACGGUCUUCUCCUCAGGUUCCCGGCCCUGGAGUUCCGCAGCCUGCUGCUCAACGCCAUCGGGCGCGAGUCCUUCCCCGACCGCGCGGUGUGGAAGCGGAACAAGGUGGAGCUGUGCUCGCUGCUGCUGCACCUGGCGGCGGGUGACACCACCGCAUACGCCGCAGCGCUGGAGGCGGUGGUGAGCGCCUGCAUCAGCCUCAAGGCAGGAGGAGGCAGCGACAAGGGCGUCACCCGCCGCCAGCGCGGCCGCGCCGCCGCCGCCGCCGCCGCCGCGGCGCUGGCGGUGGAGGCGGGCGCCGCCAGCGCGGCGUGUGCGGGGCCCUCGCCGCUGUCCUCGGCCUCCUCCUCCUUGGACGGCACGGACGGCGCCGACAGCCUGCCCCUGCCACACUGCGCCGCCGCCACCUCCACCUCCACCUCCACCAGCAGCACCCCCAUCUCCACCCCCACCGCCCCCGCCCCCAGCUCUGCGCUGUUCCUGGUCAGCCACGUGCGCAGUCUGGAGUCGCGGCGGGCGGCGCUGAGGGCGCAGGUGGACGGCUGGUGCCGCGCCAUUGUGCAGGGGGCCGGAGCAGGGGCAGGCGGCGGCGGCGGCAGCGGCGGCACCAUGGCGGCGGCGGCGGCGCCACUGGGGGUGGCGGUGGGCGGCCAACAGGGGCAAGGGCAGGGGCAGGAGGCCGCCGCCGUGGGGUGUAGCGGCACGUCCGCGCCCGCGCCCUCCUGUUGUAGCGGCGCUACCGCUGCCGUCUCUGCUGCCUCCUCCACUGCCUCCACCACCACCGGUACCAGCACCAGCACCACCACCCCCAGCAGCACCAGCAGCACCAGUGCCGCCGCCACCUCCAACCGCUGCCCCAAGCCUCCCACUGCCGCCGCGCUGGCCUCCGCCGCCGCCACCUUCGCGCAGCUUCGGCCGCUGCUGGAGCGGGUGCUGGGUCUGGGCGAGCCGGCGCCGCUGGUGGACAUACGGCGCAACGGCAGCUACACGGAGCUGCAGGUGGCUGCUCAGCUGGAGGGGCACCUGCCGCCCGGGUGGCGCCUGUACGCACAGGCCACUAUUGUGCGUGUGGACGGCUCGCCGUUUGUGAACCGCAAGCACCUCAAGGGCGAGGCCGACCUGCUGCUGGUGGACCCGGACGGCGUGGUGCAGGCGCUGGUGGAGGUCAAGACCGCCAAGGGCAACCCCUACGUGGCGCUGUACGAGGACGUGGGCAAGCUGCUGGGGCUGCUGCGCGCCGUGCGCAACCGGGUGGUCACCUUCCGCCACGGCGGCGUGUCCUCCACCUCCUCCUCUGCCUCCGGCUCCUCCUCCUCCUCCACGGAGCUGGUGACGCUGGCCUUCUCCAAGCGCCUGCGCCCCAUCUACGUGCUGGGCUGCGGCGGCCCCACACUUGGGGGACUGGAGUGGCAGCCCGCCUCCGCAGCCUCCGUGGCGGCUGCAGCAGCCGCACCCGCGGCCUGGCCCUCGGCAGCGGCGGCGGCGGGCGUGGGUGCGGCGGCGGCAGCGGCGGCGGCGGUGCCAGACACGGUGGUUGCGGCUGCGGCGGCUGCUGCCACCAUCAAGGGAAGCUAUGACCACUCCAUCGCCGCCGCUGCUACUGCUGCUGCCAGCAGUAGUAGCACCAGCACUAGCAGCGGCCGCCCUGCCGCCGCUACUGCCACUGCUACUGCCGCUACUGCCUCCUCUGCGCCCCAUCAGGGUCUGGUGGUGCCGCCCUCGGCCGUGCUGCGUUCCGCCUGGUCCAAACUGCUCACCAUGGAGCUGGGCCGGGAGCUGAGCGGAGGCGGCAGUAGCAGCAGCAGCAGCAGCAGCAGCAAUGGCAGUAGCGCCACCACCACCACCAGCGGCGGCGGCGGCGGUGGCGGCCCGGCUGCUGUGUGGAGCAGUGUGAGUGUGGCAGCGCUGACCCGGGAGGCGGUGGUGCUGCAGCUGCCGGCGGCUGCGGUGCCGCGGCUGGCGGCGCGGGUGUCGGCCUACUUUGCGCGCCUGGCGCACUGCGAGGUGUACCUGGUCAACACAGCCUAGCUGGGGGGCGGGGGGAGGGGAGGGGCGCAGAGGGAGGAGCUGGGCGGCGGGUGGGGCGGAUGUGGGUGACGUCGCCUGCAUCGGCACUGGCGCCGCUGACUGGCGGUCCGGUGUCGGAGCUGGCGGCCGUGACAGUGCGGUCCAGCCAUGUGGCGGCGGCAUGUGGGGCUGGAGGGCGGCGGCAGGAGCUGGGCUGCAUGUGCAUGUGCAGGGCGCAGCAGUGGGGGCGGUCAGGACGGGCUAGGACGGGCUGGGCCGGGCGGCAGAGGGAGUAGCUGUGGGCUGAGGGCUGGAGGGGCUGUGGGCUGGCGUCACUGCCUGGGAAUGGCAGACGUGGCAGUGCAGGAGCGGCGAGCAGAGGUGGGUGGUGGGGGAGUGGCUCUUUGACAGAGGGCAGGAGAGGCGAGGCGGGACUGCAGGCGCAGUGCCUCGGGGGCACCGGUUGGUGCGGUCCGAUGUGAGAGAGGCAGCAGCAGGCACGCAGACCGCUGCGGGGGCCGCUGUGGGAGGGGGCGAAGUAGCAGCUGCGCAGGUCGCAGCCGGGGGACUGUCACCGAAUCGAGAAGAAACCCUGAGACCGUUACGGUAUGUGUGUGUUAACAUGUUGAUCAGCGCCGGCAAUGGCAAUUGCUGCGAUGCUCUUGGUGGAUGGGCGAGCGCGUGUCAUUGUGACUGUUUGGUGUUGGUGUUGGCUGUGAUUGCUUAAGAGACGUUCACACAAGGCGAGUGGCAGGCGGCGGUCAGUUGGUCUUUGUUACAUUCAUGGCCCCGCCCGCCGCUGUCUCCGCUGUAGCUGCGUAGCCGGCGCGAUGCUUCCAAUUGGUGGCCGCGCCCUGAGAACUAGUAGACUGCCCUGGUAUUUCAUCUGCAUUUCGUGCUACCCAGCGUUUAUAAAGGCAUGGCUUCAUCUCUGUUCGUACUUACUUUGGUGUGUACUCGUGUCGGUGCGCGAUGUGUGCGUUCAGGCCCCGGCCAGGGCGGGUGUGGGCACGUGCGCCAGGAGCACCCGGCAGCUGGCGCGCGGGGAGGGGGUUACUGGUGCGUGGCUGUGUGUAGGUGUGGGUGUGGGUUGCACCACACGUACCGUGGAGGCCCUUGCCCUUCGCCUUGCGCACGCGCCCCACGUCCGGCCUGGCCUGAGGUCCCGGUUUGGCUCUUGUACAGCUGUUGAUACAGAAGGGGCUGUGAUAUUGUUGAAGACAGGUGCUGUAGCCCGCCGCCGGGUGCCCUCCUUGUACAUCUAUAUUCUUGACGCUGCGUGUGUGUGUGGUGCUGGUGCCUGGCGGUGUGGUGGUCUGGCGUUGCUGCCGCCGCCGAUAUGUAGACAGCGUUGGAAUCCGUGAGCUUGCGCCCGUGGGUGCCGGUAUGUGGUAGGUGAGUGUAUGGGUGUGCGUGUGAUGAUCCCAAGUGCACCUUCACCCGGCGGCGACGCAGCGAACCUGCUCACCGGGUUGGAGCUCGAACGCCCCGGGUGUUGUCUGAUGUUUUUGUCAGAGUCGCGAGUUUGGUGGUGUAGGUGUCACGCAUGUGUGUAUGACGUGUCGGGGCAAAGGGGCUCGCACGGCAGCGGCGGGAACCGACCCGGUCCCAGGGCGCUGUGGCGUUGUGUGGCACACACACACACACACACACACACACACACACCCGCAGCGACUGGCACCCACGUGACGUCUGCUGAUCCGCCGGUGUAACACCCAAGAGCC